AUGUCUUCGCGGCCUCCUCCCGUCGAAGGGCAACCCCAGACCAGCAGUCCGACUCCCGGGGGAGAUGACCAGUUGCAGACAACCCCUCGCGCUUCGAGACGCAUCAGGGGUGAAGCCGCCGUGCCGUCGUCGUCUCCCAUGUUCUUCCAGUCCUCGCCGUCGAAAGCAAACAGCAGUGCUGCUCAGACCCCGGACGCCAGGAUGGAUGAACCGAGCUCACCAGUGCGAGCGCCCUCGUCGAUGAAUGACGGGGAGACCACACCACGGGGGAAUGGACAGGCGAUGAGAGAUUCGUCGCCCAUUCGAUACAUGUCGAGCUCCAGCCCCACGCGUGCACACAGCCGUCCAGUGGGACGAUCUGAUAUCCCCAGCAGCAGCAGCGGCCUGUUUGUGUCGUCCCGCUCCGCAACCGGUGGCCAGCGCACCGCGCCCCGCCGCAAUGAUCUUGACUCGGGUGGCUUCGGUCUACCCCCAGUCUCCGACGCGACGUUCUCCAACAUUCACCCGGACACCUCGGAGGCUGAAGCCCUCGGUGGCAGCUCCACCCGUGUAAUCUGGGGUACGAAUAUCUCGAUCCAGGACUCUAUGUCGGCAUUCAAAAGCUUCCUAUACAACUUCGCCACUAAAUAUCGACUGUGGGGGGAUGGGGCCAGUGAUGACGAGACUCGCCGUAUGGGCGAUGCGGCCGAGGUGAAGGAGUACAUCAACAUGCUGAACGUGAUGCGCCAACUGGGUGUCACCAGCAUGAACUUGGACGCGCGGAACCUCAAGGCCUACCCGUCAACCCUCAAGCUGUGGCACCAGCUGCAUGCCUACCCCCAGGAAAUCAUUCCCCUGAUGGAUCAGACCGUGAAAGACGUCAUGGUGGAGCUAGCGAUCAAGGAGGGGAACGUCUGA